CCAUUAACCACCAACAAAACCCGUAGAGCGAAAAAAAAGUCGUUUAUCUUGAAUAAAGCUAUAAGCUGCAAAGAUGGCUGCAGUGCUUCCACCGAGACCACCGUGCGACAGUAACCCAGCUACCCCCGGAGCACAAUCGCUAAAGGAGGACAUAACGGAAGAGGAGUCUAAUGAUGGCAGCCAACCUCCUAAGCGGCGGAGAAUGGGUUCAGGAGACAGUUCACGGAGCUGUGACACUUCCAGUCAAGAGUUUGGUCCAACAUAUUUCCCAGCAGAGAACCUGACAGAGUACAAGUGGCCACCGGAUGAUAUGGGAGAGUAUUACAUGUUGCAAGAGCAGGUCAGCGAGUAUCUGGGAGUCACAUCCUUCAAGAGGAAGUACCCUGAUAUGGAACGGAGGGACCUGUCGCACAAAGAGAAGCUUUACUUGCGUGAACAGAAUGUGAUCACAGAAACGCAAUGCACUCUUGGUUUAACAGCUUUGCGCAGUGACGAGGUGAUUGACCUGAUGAUAAAGGAGUAUCCCUCCAAACAUUCAGAGUACUCGGUCAUAUUGCAGGAGAGAGAGCGACAGAGGAUAGCUAAAGAGUACUCUCAAAUGCAGCAGCAGAACCAUCAGAAGGUAGAGGCCAGUAAGGUUCCGGAAUACAUUAAGAAGGCUGCCAAAAAAGCGGCAGAGUUCAACAGUAACUUCAACAGGGAGCGAAUGGAAGAAAGGAGGGCUUACUUUGACCUCCAGACACAUGUUAUUCAAGUGCCCCAGGGCAGGUUUAAAGUUCUUGCUCCAGAUUUGACCAGGACAGGGCCCUACCCUGUUGCUCUCAUACCAGGACAGUUCCAAGACUACUACAAGAGGUACUCUCCCAAUGAGCUGCGGUACCUGCCUUUGAACACUGCCCUGUUUCAGCCCCCACUGGAUCCAGAGCUCCCUGCGCUGGACUCUGAUCCUGACUCGGAUGAUGGAGACGAAGACAAAAAGAACAAGAAUUCUUCCGACAGUUCUUCAGGCAACACAUCAGACGUAGAAAGUCAGGAGGGAAGAGGCCACAAAUCCAAGGCCAAAGACAGGACCUCCACACCGAGUAAAGACCGUCACUCUGCCUCCCACAAAGCCACCCCCGGGUACAAGCCUAAGGUCAUUCCCAGAGCUAUAUGUGGCAUUUGCCAGAAGGGUAGAGAGGCCAACAAGAAAGGCAAACCAGAGGCUCUCAUUCACUGCUCCCAGUGUGUUAACAGUGGCCACCCGUCCUGCCUGAAAAUGAAUGAAGAUCUGGUGCGUGUGAUCCAGACAUACUGCUGGCAGUGCAUGGAGUGUAAGACCUGCACCGUGUGCCAGCAGCCCCACCAUGAGGACGAAAUGAUGUUCUGCGACAAGUGUGACCGAGGCUUCCACACCUUCUGCGUGGGCAUGGACUCCAUCCCCACAGGUCUUUGGGUGUGUGAGGUAUGUGGCAAAAAUAUCAGCACUCCCAAGAAGAAAGGGGGAGUGAAAACGCCAAAAAAGCCCAAAUCCGUGCAGAAAUGACAUCGUUAAAAACCAAAUCUUACUUUUCUUUUGUCCCAGAUCACAGUCUACUCUAACUGAAAAGUGUGGAUUCUCCUUUUUUCAAAGGAAUGUCGAUAAUUUAGACUUCAAACACCCCUUGUCACAAACUUUUGCUGCGGUUGGUCUUUACCUUGUUUGCUCAAUGUGGAGCGUUGGCAAAAAUCCAAACAUGCUUAUGCUUUGUUGUACGCUAUUACCAAUUUUUUAUUCUUUGUAUUAUUUUUUCAAUCGGAUCGAAGUGUCUCAGUCUGUAUGUUGUAGUGUUUCAAAGUCAAGAGUACAGUAAUUAUGCCUGUAACAGGCAACCUUUACAUGUGGGUGAAUCAACCGUGCAUCUGCUGGUGGCAGCUAAGUAGUGCACUCUAUUUUGACAUACUGUACCAUCGGUCAUGGCCAAUCAUGCAUGCUUGAGAACAGUGUUUUUACCUCACUUAGCAGUAGUUAUAACUGAGUCAUAUGUUUGGUUUUCCAGACUACGUUUAGAUUUGUUUAGAUUUUUGUCAAAUGUUUUAAAAUUCCUCGCAUACAGCAUUCCUUAUGUUUUUUUUUACUUAACUGUUAUCAAUUGCCUGUGUAAUUCUGACUUUAAAUGUAAAUUUUUCUGUUUUGGAUGAACAAGUGGUGCUCUUAUUAAUGUACUCGUCAUCAAACCUAACUAAAGGUCAGAAAAUGUUUUUGAUCUCUUGAUGCAAACUUGUCUUGAAUUGUGACACGGUGCUAAUUGUGGAUUUGUGCGUGUGCGUGUGCGUGUGUGCGUGUGCGUGUGUGUGUGUGUAAUGUUUGUCGUUUUUACUUACUAAUGGUAAUCUUACACUGUUGUUACAUUGUAAUGGUGCCUUUGACUGCAACAGGUCUAACAAUGCUGGUCUUUUUUUUGUACAAGCAACAGUAAAUCUCAUAUUGAAUUAGACUUGAAAAUAAAUACAUUUUUCUAGUGUUCUAAUAAAAGUGCUGUAGUGGCUAGUAAAUGUUGAUUGGUUAAUAAUGUGAUAUUCACUUGUUUUUUUAAAUAAAUAAUCAAUGACUCUUA